AUGUUGCGUAACAAAGCCUUCACUGUUCUCCAAAAGACUUAUGACGACAGCUAUCUGAGCUGCUCAACCGCCGUCUACUACGAGAGCCAGGUUUUUAUUCCCCAGCUCAGAUUGCAUCGAUUGAAUCCACUUGCUAAUGGCGAGGGGGCGGGGCAGGGAAAUGAGCCUGAGGCAGCGCGUCAUUGGAAAGCGGCUCUUGACAAUAUUUACGAACAUCAUGCCAUCAAGUCCGCCCCGGGAUACGAGCCUCAAACAGAUACGGAAAGGGCCCUAGUAGAUGCUCUAAAGCAGCUGGAGUUGCAGUGCAAGGAGCGAAUUGACCUGCUGGAGGCACUGCGUGUGUCGCUACAGGAUGAAUCACCUACGUCUCCGAAUAACCAUUCCGGGAUAUCGGAGCCCAAGAGCGAAGCAACUGGUAGGACCAAGGGUUGCAUUGGAUUAGGCACUAUCCCUGCCGUUACAUACUCACAACUAUCGCGCCCGUUCCUCCCGACUCGGCCCGCGCUUCCCUCGCGCACGACUCCCGAGAACCCAGUUGUCACAAGUGGGGGGGUUAGGUUGGGGCUUGAACGUAACUCCUCAGGAAACCGUCCGCCGCGGUCCAUGUCGCCUAAAGCGCAUUCGAGGCGUGAAAAGGCAUCUAGUCCUUCAAGCCAAGAGAAGCGCACAAUGAAGACCACGCUUCGUUCCGGACGAGCUGAUGACAAGGCAUUGAGACCGGCUAGGAAGCCCCCCAAAUGCACAUCCGACGGUCCAAGCCAAGCCGCCACAUUGGCGUGGAGCAAUCUCGGUUGUCGAGACCAGCAUUUCAAAACACCUUUAGCAGCUGAGAGUGAGGAUUCCUCGGCUACACCUCCCAAAGUGUCACCGGAUCAAUUGUCCAAGAUCUCGACGCCUCAGCACGAAUGGGACAGCCAUUCAAGACGCCUUAUCGUACCCCGCGAGCCCGAUUAUAUUCCAAACAGGCCGCAGUCUGCGAUUAUUGAGGGAAAUUCAGACGACCAUCGAUAUUCGCGACCUUCCCUACUUUCUGUCAGUGCAGCAUCCAGCGCAUUAAGCUCCUCGUGGCAGCAAGAAACGCCGUCGUCAGAAACUCAACCAGCAAGCCAUUCAACAUUGGUAAGGACAAUUCCCGCUCUAGGCCCGCCCGCAUUGAGACUAUCAAGAGAUGUUCAACGGAAUGACCUGGUGGCACCCGCUGAGUCGGGAGAGAAAGGUGGAAGAAAGCUCGCAGCAGACACUGUGCGAAGAAAAGCCGUUGCAAGGCAGCCGACACAACCGGCACCGCCCGUCAUUGUCGGCCCGCAUCCCAGCCGCACACAUAGGCGACGUCAGCGGAUUCCGGGGCGGGAAUGUUUAUCGAGUACCUCUGACGAUGACGUGGACUUGUCAAAAAUAUGCGAGCUGGAAAAGCAAGGAGAGCCUGCGUUGGCGGUGAACUCCCAAGGCGUCUCACCUCCCGGGGAGGACCACUCAACUGGCAAACCCCGCGAAAGGAAGAUGGAAUAUAUCCUGAAUCACUUGCCGCCGGGUGUUGAUGAAGUCGCCGCGAAGCAGAUACUUAACGAUAUGGUUGUCCAUGGAGAUGAGGUUUACUGGGAAGAUAUCGCCGGCUUGGAGAUUGCGAAGAAUGCUUUACGGGAGACUGUGGUGUACCCGUUCUUACGUCCAGAUCUUUUUAUGGGGCUCCGUGAGCCUGCUCGGGGAAUGCUCCUCUUUGGCCCGCCCGGAACCGGCAAGACGAUGCUCGCUCGCGCCGUGGCCACAGAAUCCAAGUCAACAUUCUUUUCCAUCUCAGCAAGCAGCCUAACGAGCAAAUACCUGGGAGAAUCAGAGAAGCUUGUCCGAGCCCUCUUCGGCCUCGCGCGAGUGUUGGCGCCGAGUAUUAUAUUCGUCGAUGAGAUUGAUUCGUUACUAUCUCAAAGAUCGGGAUCGGGUGAGCAUGAAGCUACGAGAAGAAUCAAGACGGAGUUCCUCAUUCAGUGGAGUGACCUGCAACGAGCAGCUGCCGGGCGAGAAAUCAAAGAGGGUGACAAGGAGCGUGGCGAUGCCAACAGGGUCUUAGUACUGGCAGCCACAAAUCUCCCUUGGUCAAUUGAUGAAGCUGCCAGAAGACGCUUUGUCCGUCGCCAGUACAUACCUUUGCCAGAGCCUCAUACCCGGGAGACACAGCUGCGGACUCUAUUGAGCCAGCAAAAACAUGAUCUAUCAUCCUCGGAUGUCACACAACUGGUAGCAAUGACAGAAGGCUUUUCGGGGUCAGAUAUCACCGCGUUGGCAAAGGAUGCAGCUAUGGGUCCACUACGAUCACUUGGCGAGGCGCUUUUACAUAUGACUAUGGAUGACAUUCGGCCCAUCAUGCUGGCAGACUUCAAGUCAAGCCUGGGUACGAUCCGUCCGAGUGUUGGCAAGGAUGGGCUGAAAGAGUACGACGAAUGGGCUAGGGAGUUCGGGGAGCGAGGUGGCUAA